AUGCCGCAAGCGAGCCCCACGUCCGAAACAGAGGAAGCAAUUCGCCGGACGUUGGAGCGAGAACGACAUAUCGAGCUAAAGAAGAUAGAGAAAGGGUCACUUCUGGUGCAGGUCAAGUUUCUAACACUGGCUGGGUACUGGGUGAUGCGCAGCCUGAACGAGAGAAUCCACGCGGGGACCGACCGCACCUGUCUGCAGCUGCUACUGGAGGAUGAGCUGCAGAGGGUCGGCUGGACCGGACCGAUCCAAGUGGGGCUGGAGGGGUGGUGGUUUGCUGAGGAGGAGGGACAGGAGGAGGAGGAGGCAGCAGGGACGGAGCAGGAGGAGAGAUGGGAAUGGGCAGGGAUGGGGGACAAACAGGUGGGCUGA